GUCGGGAGCAGGAAGUUGCGGUUUCGAGGAAGAAUGAAAUGAUCACAGAAAAAAACAAACUAGCUCUGUUUCUCAAUUCGCAUGAGGUUUUCAAAAUGUGUAAAAAAAUAUUCAUAUGUUUAUGGUUUGCUUAUUUUUCUUUAGUGUGCUCAGAUAUAACAGAUGGCAACGCUGAACACUUAAAGCGGGAGCAUUCACUAAUAAAACCAUAUCAAGGGGUUGGAACAAGUCUAUCAAGUCAGUGGGAUUUUUGGGGAAGUACUUUAGUGACGAGCCAAUAUGUACGGCUGACUCCUGAUGAACGUAGCAAGCAAGGUUCAAUUUGGAAUACAGUGCCCUGUUACUUGAAAGACUGGGAGAUGCAUGUGCAAUUUAAAGUGCAUGGAUCAGGAAAGAAGAAUCUGCAUGGGGAUGGCAUUGCAAUAUGGUACACAAAAGAAAGGUUACAUCCUGGGCCAGUCUUUGGAAACCAAGACCAUUUUGUAGGCCUGGCUAUUUUUGUGGAUACUUUCCGCAAUGACCUCCACGGCAUGGAUCGGUCCUUUCCCUAUAUUUCUGCAAUGAUCAGUAACGGCUCUCUACCGUAUGAUCAUGGAAAAGAUGGCCGUUCUACAGAGCUGGGGGGUUGCUCUGCUGAAAUCAGGAACAAAGAUCACGAUACAUAUCUUGCCAUUCGUUAUUCCAAAGGCAGACUCACAGUUAUGGUUGAUGUUGAUGACAAGAAUGAGUGGAAAGAAUGUAUUGAUGUUGGGGGUGUUCGCCUCCCUACAGGCUACUAUUUUGGAGCCUCGGCAGCCACAGGAGAUCUCUCCGACAACCAUGACAUAAUCUCUAUGAAAAUGUACCAGCUGAUGGUAGAACACACCCCCGAGGAGGACAGCCAAGACUGGACUAAGAUUGAGCCCAGUGUCAGUCUUCUCAAGUCUCCCAAAGACAAUAUUGAUGAUCCAACUGGUAAUUUCCGAAGCACCCCCCUUACUGGAUGGAAGGUCUUCCUGCUCCUCUUGUGUGCCCUUCUUGGGAUUGUUGUUUGUGCAGUUGUGGGAGCUGUGGUCUUUCAGAAACGACAAGAGAGAAACAAGAGAUUUUACUAGACACAAAUCGGAACAGGACAGUUUCUAAGAACUCUACGGAAUAUUGCCUGGAGACAUAAAUGUGAAUUUUUAGCAGUUGUACAAAUGUUUAUAUUAUUGACGUGAACAGUUGGAAGAAUGUUCUAGUAAGUAUUCUGCCUUCUGAAAAGGGAGAUAUUGGGUGGUGUCUCUUCCCCCCCCCCCCAUGUUUAAGGUGGUGGCUUAGCAGUUACAACCAUGGUGAAUACAGUAAAGUACAUCAAAUCACACUUUUGGAAAACGGUAUAAGUUCUGAAAAGUAGAUUGCUUUGCUGACUGAGUUUAUCUGUUUAUCUACAUGUUCUUUUUAUUGCCUGAUUGGUUGAAAUCAAAGAUAUUCAAUGAUGAGUAUCCUAUUUUUAAUUGGAUUAAUCCCAGAUGAGGCCAAUUUGUCAGUGAGUAAGGUGCCGACCACCAGCUUUCACCAAGAUGAUUCUACAAUUGGUUAAUACAUGUUGAUUUAGCAAAACCUAUUUGAAUGACUGAAAUACUGUCAUCUUGAAGUUGAUUCAGUCCUUUUAUUACAAUUUGCGUCCAAACAUUUUCAGUUUUUUGUUUUUAUUUUGCUAGUGAAUGCAAAUGCUGAGUAUUUUUGACUGCACAUAAGCCUAUAGUGAUCUGUAUUCACAUGUAUAUUGCUGGCUUAUUUUAAAACCUUGUUCAAGGCCUAAUUCAAGGACCUCACUUAGGUUGGAGAAGGCAGUGGAAUAAUGCCAUGUUCCAUCACAAAUUGUUAAUUUUGCCAGUAAAUGAUGCCAAUUUUAAAACUGAGUGUUAAAUGUUAACUUCAAGGACACAUUCACCUACAUCUUUUAAAAGGUAACUGCGAAUACUUUAGGGGCUGAAUAAAAUGCACUGAUAAUGUCCCAUACAAGUCUCUAUGUCUGUUGAAUUGAUCGCAAAUAAAGCAGUUCUUCCGAUAAUGGUUAA